CUACCGUUACGUUUCAUUAUCCGCGCCAACGCCAAACUCCAAAAAGUCUUUUCUUUGUUUUGCUUUCUUUGUUUUCCCUUCUGUUAUUUUAUAAUCUCAAGAGUUUUCGAGGAACCCAAAAGAAAAAAAAAAAAGUGAAAAGACAACAGGCGUGCAACCUUCCCGGCAUAAAAACUCUUUGUUUGUUUGCUACAUUCUGGGACUGUCUCUCUUCUCUUCUCUCUCUCUCUGCUUAAAUCUCAAUCUCAAUCUCAAUCUACUGGGACUAACGGAUACGGCUAUGGAUAUGGGUUGCUUGAGUUUGACCACUCCCUUUUCUUCUUUAGUCUUCCCAUGCUACAAAUGAACUGCCCACCCCUUACUUCUCCUUCUAACACAAACAACACCAUGGCUCUGCAGGACGAUGAAGCCCAGGUUCAAGAGAUUGAAACUCAAUCCUUACUCCUYGAUGCUCUCUUCUGUGAAGAGCUCUGCUGCGAGGAAGAUUUGGGCGGAAAUGGGAUCCAUGAAGAUGGGGAGUACUGUGAAACUCUGAGAAAGGACCAGCAUUUUCUCACUUUGAAUUUGAUAGAAAACGACCCACUUUGGGAGGACAACCAGCUGCAGUCUCUAAUUUCAAAACAAGAACAAACCCUUGUUUGUCAUGCUUCUGUGAGCUCUGAUGGGUAUCUAAUCGAGGCUCGGAGAGAGGCAUUGGCAUGGAUUUUUAGAGUCAAACAUCACUACGCCUUCUCUGCUUUGACCUCUCUUCUUGCCGUUAACUACUUUGAUAGAUUCGUUUCAAAUGUGAGAUUCCAGAGGGACAAGCCAUGGAUGACUCAGCUCGCGGCUAUUGCUUGUCUCUCGCUCGCCGCCAAGGUGGAGGAGACCCAAGUGCCCCUUCUUCUGGACCUUCAAGUGGUAGAAUCUAAGUUUGUAUUUGAGGCCAAGACCGUCCAGAGAAUGGAGCUUCUGGUGUUGUCAGCUCUUCAAUGGAAGAUGCAUCCAAUAACCCCCAUUUCCUUCUUCCAUCACAUUAUCAGGAGGUUGCCUUUGAAGAAUCAUAUGCUUUGGGAAGUUCUUGGGAGGUUUCAGAGCCUUCUCCUCUCGAUCCUAUCUGAUCAUAGAUUCUUGUGCUACCUGCCUUCUGUCUUGGCCACUGCAAUAAUAUUGCACAUCAUUAGUGAGAUUGAGCCAUAUAACUUCUCAGAAUAUCAGAAUCAGCUCCUCAGCGUACUUAAAAUUAAUAAGAAUCACCUAGAUGAAUGCUACAAGUUCAUCCUUGAUUCACUGGGCAGUCAUUGCAAUUUACAAAAUCCUAGUAACAGAAGCAAGCAAAUGUGUGAACCGGGCAGCCCAUGCGAUGUUAUAGAUGGAUACUUCAUCUCCGACUCCUCAAACGAUUCAUGGCCAACGGUAUCAUCUAUCUCACCCUAGCCUGAAACUUCCCACCGAGAGACCGCACCAUCUGCCUAUGAAAUUGUGCUCAUUUAGCCAUGUGUCUCUCGAUGUUUCUAGUAGCCUUGUGCUAAAGCAAUACUCUCGAAAUUGUUCUAGUACUCAUUUCUUCUCAUGAUGCUGUAACUGUAUCUUCACAUGCAUUUUGUAACAUGAUGGUCCAAUCCAA